CUUGAUUUAUUUUAUUCAUUAAAUUCAUUCAAAAAAAAUUUUCAAUGCUUGUGUGAUCAUGUCGUGUGAAGAUUUCCAUCACAAGUAAGCUUAUAAGAUCACAUGAAUUUUCAAAAAAAAGGGCUAAAUUAGCAUCUAAAUAUAAAUAUAAGACAAAUAUUUUUCUCUCUUACUCAUCAAUGUAAAUAAUGAGUACUCAUGAUACUCAUAAUCAUGAUGGUAAAUCAUGUUGUUCCCAUAGUUCAACACCAAAUCUAUACGCUCAAACAUUAGAUGAAUUAGAUUUUGAAAAAUCCAUUCAUUAUGCUUGCUUAAACAAUGAUAUUAAUCGAGUGAAAACCAUUAUUUCCAAGAAAGGUGGUUCUACAGUAAAUGAAAUUGAUAGUACAGGAUAUACACCAUUACAUUAUGCGGCAAGAAAAGGUUAUUUAGAUAUUUGUCGUAUAUUAAUAGAUUAUGGAGCAGACGUUAAUGCUAUAACACCGGAAUUAUUUUCAACUCCUUUACAUAGAGCAUCAACUUAUAAUCAUUCAAAAGUUGUCACUUCAUUAUUAUCAUCCGGUGCAAAACCCGAAUUACAAGAUUCCGAUGGUAAAACUUGCUUGCACAAGGCAUGUGAGAAUGGUUCAAAAGAUGUUAUUUUAACUCUAAAAAAAUUAAAUGAUUUUGAGUCAUUAUUAAGGAUUAAAGAUAAAAAUGAGAGAAUCGCUAGUGAAUAUUGUAAACAUGAGGAAAUCUUAAAACUAUUUGAAUGAUUAAAUGUGAAUUUGGAACUAUUCAAAUUGAAAAAUACUUUAAUCACAAACCAAGACUGAAAGGGUACUGUCCCCACUUAUUCAUCGAUCAAUCUUUAGAUUCAUGAGAAUCAAUAUAUACUUUUAUAUGCUUUUGAAAAUAAGCAGUGUAUAGUACGAUUUUGUAAAAUAGCAUGUAAGCCACAAUUUUGUCUUGUAUGUACAAUUUUAAAUACAGUAUCAUUAUAUGAUUGGCUUUUAAUUAAAGCCAAAAAAUAACAAACAAAAAGCAAAAAUGGAAAAGAAGGAAAAGAAAAUGAAAAGGAGAAAAUAAAAACAAUCUGCUUUGUACAUUUGAUAAAAACAAAUUCGAAA